GGUGAACAUGGAGGAUUAUCCUUAUCCACUACUCGUGGAGGGAGAUUGGUCAUCUAUAAACGCUAAAACACUCCAAAGCAAAGUUCACAUUUAUUUCCAGAGCAGAAAGAAAUCCCAGGGAGGAGAUUGCGUCAUCUGCUGGUCCGAGAGGAGCUGUACAGUCUUCUUCAAAUCACAAGAAAUCCGGGAUCAGGUUCUCAGUAAAGCUGAGCACACAGUACCCAUCGAGAAACAGGUGCUGAAGCUAAAAGUGUCCAAACCAGAUUCAGAGAGUCACACCAAAGAAAAAUCACAAGAAUCUGCUAAAACAGGAAGUGAUGUGUCAGCUGGAGCUCUUCAGCCAGCUGUGAGGACAGCCUGCAGUGUGCUGGUGGAGAAUGUACCUGCUGAUGCCAUCACCAUCAAGCAACUUCUGGAGCUGUACUUUGAGAAGUGGGGUGGACCUGUAGAGAAAAUCAGCACAAAUCCAGAGGAGCAAACCAUUAUUGUUAAAUUCCACUCACAAGAUGCUGCAAAGAGAAUUUUGGAGAAGACGGAUCACAGAUUAUCCAGUCAACCAGUCAUCAUGUCCCCAUACUUUGGUCUUAAUGCGAAUCAGACUGAAGCCAGUGAGGGUUUGGAAGAUACUCUACGGUCCAGUGCUGUGGUCCUGGAGAAUGUGCCAGAAAAUUUGAACCAAGAAUACCUCAUGCUUCUGGUGGACAGUAUCAUCAGUCAUUCUGAAGAUGAAUAUUCCUUAGAGUUAAUUCCAGAAUCAAACACUGCUGUUGUGACCUUUAAUGACCCGAGAGCUGUACAAACGUUUCUUACAGAAAGCAGGAAUAAAAGGAAGUUCCAGGAACAUGGUCUCAAGGCCCGGCAUCUGGAGAAAAGUAGAAGUGUUAAGGUGGAGAACCUGCCUGAGCAGUGCCCUGAAGAAUUUCUAGUACUUCACUUUGAAAAGCAUGCAGGCGCAGUGGAAAGCAUGAAGGCAGUAGCAGAUGAGAAAGCCGCUAUCAUCACCUUUCAUUAUCAACAGGCUGUCCAGAAAGUCCUGGGAACAGAGCACUUUAUUUGCAAGACCCCAGUUGAUAUAUAUCCAUAUUCAUAACUUACCCAACACUGUCCAUAUUACACCUCUUUGGGUUCCGCCUUGUACGGCAAAGACAGACCAACAUGGACACUGCCCAAACCAUUUACAUAUAAGAUCCAUCCUGCCAUCAGAGAAUUCGUUCAAAAGAGGGGACAACUCUCCUCCAUCUCUUAUCAGAUGAGCUCACACUUCUGCCAAGUGAACAUGGACAAAGAUGAAGUCGUGUUCAGUCCUCUUCCUACCCUGCUGAGACAAAAGGGUAUAACCAAAAAGCACAUUGACAGCUGGAAGCAAGACACCAUAGAAGCUUUUAAAAACAUUCUCUCCAACUUUGGUGUUUUUGAGUAUACAGUGAACCCUUCAGUACUGACUGCAAGAGAAAAAGACAUUCGGUCAGUUGUAAAAGAUAAAGCUGUCCUCAAAGUGGAUUUGUCAAUAGGAAACCUGACUCUGGCAGGAAUGGCAAAAGAUGUUCAUGUGUUAAAACCAAUAUUGGAGAACGAUUUAAAGAAAGCAUCACAUCAGAGGAAAAGAGACAUGAACAAGACCUCUGAGACCAUUAACAUGUCGUCUGCCACAUACCUUUUACUUCAGCAGGAGGGACUGCAAUACAGCGCGUCAGCCAAAUAUCCAGAGCUGGAACUGACAUACAAAAAAGACACCAAUCAGUUAAGGUUUUCUGGGCUUCUUCUGGAAAUUAUGGACAUCAAGAAUUUGAUCCUUAAGAAGCAACUGAGUAUGAAAGAAAAGGCCCUGAAAAUGGACACUUUAUUAGUGGAGUUCUUGCAAUCAGUGGACUCUGAGGAAUUGUCAAAAGAUCUGUUCACAUCCAAGGGAAUUAGUGCAGUCUACACAUUUGAAAAUGGGAACAUCAUUUUGACUGCGAGUACAGCCAAAACACUGACUGAUGCUGAAAAGAGGCUUGGAAUGAUGCUGACAUUGCAGAACCUUUCUGUAGAAGACCUAGGUGUUCUUGGAAGGCCAGAUUGGCAAGAUCUCACAAAUCAGCUAUAUGAGACAUACAAUUCAUCCAGGAAGAAAAUGGUGCUUAUAAAAUCCUCAAACAACAGGGACACAAUUGUAGUCUAUGGCUUUCAGGAACCGGUUAGACAGGUCAGUAAGAGCCUUGAGCAAUUUAUUGAUUCACAAUCAAUAAUAGAAGAGACCAUUUAUGCCAGGUCGUAUGCCAUAGUGAAAUACAUCAGAGAGAGGAUGCCCCACCUUUGGCAGACGUUCCUAAAGGGUGAUGAAUUGAACAUAAACUAUGACCCAAAAAGGCCCUUGAUUCGAGUGUCUGGGGAGCGUAUUCAUGUCCAGCUGGUGCUGAAGUCUUUUCAGAAUAUAAUAAGAAGUCUUCACACUGAUAAGUUGACAAUUAGAAAGGCCGGAGCCAAAAAGUUUUUCCAGGAGCAGAGUGGCAUGUUCUCAAUGAUGAUGAAGGAACAAAGAUUUGUGUUUGUGCUUGAGGAUGCUUCUAUGGAGGAAGAGGAUGAGGAAGGGUACAAUGAGGAGAGGUAUGGUGAAGGUAGAGUGGAAGAUUUUGGACAGCUUUCCUGUGAGGUGCAGACUCCUGGUGGCAUUGUCAUCAAAGUCCUGAAGGCUGAUAUCUGUCAGUUUAAAGUAGAUGCUGUGGUCAAUGCUGCCAAUGAGGACUUGAAGCACAUUGGUGGUUUAGCAUUAGCACUUCUGAAUGCUGCGGGUCCAUCUUUACAACAAAUCAGUGAUCAAUAUGUAGCUGCACAUGGGAAACUGCAACCUGGGAAUGCUGUUACCACAGAGGCAGGUCACCUGCCAUGCAGAUAUGUAGUGCAUGCUGUAGGUCCCCGCUAUUACAAUACAGACAAGUCUACCUCUGUGAAGAAACUGAGACAGACAGUGAGGAAAAGUCUGAACCAAGCAGUAUUGCACAGAUGCUCCUCCAUUGCAGUCCCUGCCAUCAGCUCAGGAAUAUUUGGCUUUCCUCUUGACCUCUGCACUGAGACGAUCGCUCAGGAACUACAUGCAUACAUUGAAGACCAAACUCGACAAGCUGGCAUAAACACGCUUAAAGAGAUCUACUUGGUGGACAAUAAUCCCAAAACUGUGAAAGCCAUGGCUCAGGCUCUUAAAAAGGAGUUUGCACAAUUCAGCCCCAGAAUACAAAUGGGCCGUGGCCAUGGGCAUCAUGGUCAAAAUUAUCAUGGUCAUGGUAACCAAAGUCAUGGAUAUCAUGGGCAAGGUGCUGGUAGACGUCAAGGCCUUAGGGAAUGGGAGAAUGAUGCACAAGUGUACGGUGCAAAAGAUUUUGAGGAUUGUGAGACUCAAACCUGUAGAACCCAAUUUGAGGACGUGGACAGGUCAGUGUCAGGGUUUCUUGAAACUCAGUCCACAAAAGAAGGACUAAAAAUCAUACUAAGGAAGGGGAAUAUCCAGGAUGCACGUUCAGAUGUAAUUGUCAGUACCAUCUCAGAAGACCUGGAUCUCAGUAAAGGUGCAGUCUCCAGAGCACUACUCAACACUGCUGGUCCUCAACUCCAGGCUGAAAUUCGUUCUACUAUGAGAGAAUUUGGCACUUCUAGGCUGAAUCCUGGAGACCUAGUGUCCACGAACGGCUAUAACUUACAUUGUCAAAAGGUCUUCCAGACUGUUUGUCCAUUUUGGAAUGGAGAGACUAGAUCAGAAGAUGAGAUUCUCAAAGGACUCAUUCAAAAGUGCCUGAAAAUAGCCGAAAACAAGAAAAUGACUUCGAUUACUUUCCCAGCCAUUGGCACUGGGAACACUGGCUUUCCCAAAGAUCUUGUCGCCAGAAUUUUUCUCAGUGAGAUUCAUGCCUUUAGUGCCAAAGUUUCUCCUCAGUCCCUGAAUGAGGUGACUGUGAUUGUGCAUCCAUCAGAUACUGAGACUGUCCAGAGUUUUGUAAAGAGCUUCAGAGGUGAAUGGAAGGGUGCUGUCAUGAAAGGAGCACAUACUGUUCAGCAAUCACCAGCUAAAAAAACACCUCCUGUUCGAUCACCACAAUCUGCUGCAGGUUUCUUUGGAGCGGUUUCUACUCCUAGUCUUGGAGUGCACAAAAUGCAGAUAGAGCAUUUUAUGCUGGAGGCAUCAUUAGGUGACAUCACCAGAGAAAGCUGUGAUGCAAUCAUUAAUUCCUCCAAACAAGCAUUCUCUCUGAAAUCAGGAGUUUCCAAGGCCAUUUUAGAUGCUGCUGAGGUAGCGUUUUUCUGUGGUGGCAAAGCACAUGGGGGCAAAGAAGCAUCUGCAAAUGAAGAUUUCAUGCUGGUGGGUGAGGAGUUUGAGCCUGUUGUGUUUCAGCUGUGUGGAGAGACUGAGGAGGACCUGAGCGAGGCCAGAAACCUGAUCACCAGCUUCAUUGUGAAGGAGCACAUGAGCUCAAAAAUUCAGGACUCAGCCAUCAACUAUUUCAGUCAGGAGGAGGCUGAACUUCUGAGCAAACUCCAGAGGGAGCUCACGGUCAGCAUCAAGCUCUCAAAGAGCGGCCCUGAGCCAGUGCUCACCAUGGAAGGCCUGACACGAGAUGUAGUACAGGCUGAAAGCCAAAUCCGUGACAUGAUCCGUAAAGUGGAGAAGAAUCUGAUUCGCCACCGUGAGGCCUUUAUGCUGAGCAGCCAAGUCGAGUGGCAGUAUCAGGACCGCAGUAAUAAUUUUGUGCCUUUUGAUAUUUUGACUAACUAUGACCUGGAGCAAGCUUUUAAAUUACAACAGCCUCGUGAAAUGAUCAAGAUCAAUAAUGAUCCGUAUGAGGCCCAUUUACCCUCUGGGACUGCUAAGGGGAAUAAGGGACAGAUGAAAUUGAAGAGGACUGAUCUGUUUCAGCUGUGUGGAGAGACCAAGGAGGACCUGAGCAAGGCCAGAAACCUGAUCACCAGCUUCAUUGUGAAGGAGCACAUGAGCUCAAAAAUUCAGGACUCAGCCAUCAACUAUUUCAGUCAGGAGGAGGCUGAAGUUCUGAGCAAACUCCAGAGGGAGCUCACGGUCAGCAUCAAGCUCUCAAAGAGCGGCCCUGAGCCAGUGCUCACCAUGGAAGGCCUGACACGAGAUGUAGUACAGGCUGAAAGCCAAAUCCGUGACAUGAUCCGUAAAGUGGAGAAGAAUCUGAUUCGCCACCGUGAGGCCUUUAUGCUGAGCAGCCAAGUCGAGUGGCAGUAUCAGGACCGCAGUAAUAAUUUUGUGCCUUUUGAUAUUUUGACUAACUAUGACCUGGAGCAAGCUUUUAAAUUACAACAGCCUCGUGUAAUGAUCAAGAUCAAUAAUGAUCCAUAUGAGGCCCAUUUACCCUCUGGGAUUGCUAAGGGGAAUAAGGGACAGAUUGAAUUGAAGAGGACCGAUCCGAGACAGCAAACUACUGUGUCUCUGCCCAGUCACUGGAAGGACAUGAAGGGGAAGUUAGUUUUCUGUGUCAAACUUCAACAAGGCAGUCAGGAAUAUGCAAAUGUGGAGAAGGAGUUCAGGAAAACAGGACUGACAUCAAAUAUCCUCCAAAUUGAAAGAGUUCAGAAUGAGACUCUUUGGAAGAACUACAUGAACCAGAAGGCAUACCUGGAUAAAAAGAACAACCACACAAACAACGAAAAGCUGCUUUUCCAUGGCACCGGUUCUGACAAUAUUGAUAAAAUCAACGAGCGAGGUUUCAAUCGCAGCUAUGCCGGGAUGCAUGGGGCCGUGUAUGGAAAUGGUGUGUAUUUUGCUGUUGACCCAAGCUACUCUGCCCGAGGUUAUGCCAAGCCUGAUCUGCAAGGCCACAAACGCAUGUAUUUGGCUCGAGUGUUGGUUGGUGACUUCACAACAGGGAAAGCUGGUAUUCUUACACCUCCACCCAAAAACUCCACCGGCACAGAGCAGUACGACAGUGUCACUGAUUCUAGACAAUCCAUGUUUGUGAUCUUUCAUGAUGUUCAUGCUUAUCCUGAAUACCUAAUCACUUUCCAGUAAGGGCUAUGUU